ACUGCUUUUUUCCAAACUGCUAAAAGUUGUUUUUGUAGAUUUCUUUAAGUCUUUUCUUACUGAAGUGUUUAAAAGGCUUGAUUUACAUUAUUUAGAUCCAAGUUGUAUAGAUUUGUUGAAUAUAGAUUUUAUGGAGGUUUUGGAGAUGAUAUGGAUUUCACAAGAUUUAGUUAUAUACUUUAUGAAGAAAGCAAAUGAAACUUAUUUGACUACCAAGAACAAGCAGAUAGUUAGUAAUAUUGAGUUUAAUCAACAAGAACAAAGUUUCUAUUAUUUACAUAAGUUUGUGUUGCUUAUAGAAUCUGAAUUCUUAGAUCCAAGGGAUGAUAUUCAGAUAUAA